GCAUUCAAGAUGAGCUUGUCAGAAAAUAAUCACCUCUACAAGGGAUGCCUCUGGCAGCAAAGGUCCAUGAUAAAAGCCAACCCAACUCCUCACUUCCUCAGCCACUUCUCUUGCCUCCUUCUCCUUGGGAACCAGGUGAGUGAACCUCUGCCCCAAGACAUGUCCUGCUACGACCAGUGCCAGCCCUGCCUGCCCUGCCAGCCCUGUGGCCCGACCCCGCUGGCCAACAGCUGCAAUGAGCCCUGUGUCAGGCAGUGCCAGAACUCCACUGUCGUCAUCCAGCCCUCCCCCGUGGUGGUGACCCUGCCCGGCCCCAUCCUCAGCUCCUUCCCACAGAACACCAUUGUUGGCUCAUCCACCUCUGCUGCCGUUGGCAGCAUCCUCAGCUGUGAUGGAGUGCCCAUCACCUCUGGGUGCUGUGACCUCUCCUGUAUCACCAGCUGCUACUGUGGCCGCAGAUGCCCCCCCUGCUAA